GCCGCGGCGCGCAUCGUUGGCGAGUCGCACGCGCAGCGUCCGCGGUGCGCCCGCGCCUCGACGCUUCCAUAUACUUAUUUGUUUGUCUCCCGUUGUGAUAUAACAUAUACAUGUUUUCUAUAGUAUACGUGCGUGUUGUAUCAUAUUAUAUUAUUUAACUAAAUACUGUGAACGACAUAGCUUAACCAAAGAUUUGAAUUGGUCAGGACUAAAAUACAGAUUACCUACGCGUAGCCAAAGUGUGCGGUUUUAGUCGUAAUUUAGUUCUAAUUAAAAUACUAACGUUGCUCAAAAGACGUAUAGUGAACGGUGGACGUUUUCAGUGCAAUAAAUUUAUAAUAAGUUUAUUAUAUAAAAUAUGUUAUGUGCUAUGUAUAUGAUGUGUUAGUGUGUGUAAUAUUGUGUUAGGACAGUCGUGCCAGAAGUACGCAAGUGGGUGUGAAUAUUUGUAAAUGUUCUUUAAAUAAGUGUUUAUUUUUUUAUAAUAAAUCAUGGUCGCCAUGCUGGAAGUCGCUGAGACGAGAAACAAUGACUAUUUUCGAUCGUUUUUACCUGCUGUCAACUCCCCACCGGUCCCGCACCGCGACAUAUCGGCACCCACGGCCACGUACCGUCCCUACACAGAAGAAUAUGCCACCGUCCAGCGCCGCGUGGAACGCCCCGCCCAACCAGAAGAACCAGAACGCAAGAAAGACAAAAAAUGGUCCAUUGGAAAACUAUUCAGAAGAAAGAAAAAAGAAGAUGAAAGUGGUACUUCUUCGGAAAGCGAUGAAGGAGUGAGCACUCGCUCCCCAUCCAAGAGAAAGUCCAAGAAAAAGAAGAAAGCGGCUCCGGCUGUUAACAAUUUUGACCACAUAGUCAUUAGGGAUUCUAGAAGAGCACAGAGUUUAGCUAAACCUAACCUAAGAGAUGUUACCGAUGACGGUGUCCUGUCCGACCCAUCGGCCGGCUUCAUCAACUACCGUGCUAAAACGCAGGAAAUGUACAGAGCGUCCAAAGAAUCCCUCAGCCUGAGAGAAGAUAAUUCUAAUAGAUCCUUAGGACCAUCCUUGGAGUCUACUUCUAGAAAAACACGAAAAGGUAGACUGAAAGCUAGAGUCGAAGCACUAAGAAAUAGUAUGAGAGGAGAGUCAAGUAGUGAAGAAGAAUCACUCAAGUCAUCAAAUUCAUCAUUGAUGAUUAGAUUUAGAAGUGAGGAUUCCCUGAUGCGGUCACGCGACAGUUCACUAAACAAAAGAUCAAGAAGUGCAAGAAAUGAGAGGUACAUUAAGAGAUUAUCGCGAGAUGAAGAAAAUCAACUGAAUAAGGAAGCCGAGCUAUUACAGCAAGGUUAUACGAAGGCUGAAGUUGAAAUGUUGACGCGAACACCCACGAGUCAAAGCAGCGGCUAUGGGACAUGCAAACGCGAUCAAACACAAAAUAUGAAAACAGAGCAACUUUAUGCCAAUGAUGCAAACCGCCGUCCUAUGAAAUCCGAAUCAAUAUCAUCAUUCCCUUCAACACAAAGUUACCCCUCAUCCAUCAAUUUUAACGCUAAAGUUAACAACGAACAUAUUAACUACUCCAUACCAACCAGUAACAUUAAUAGAGAUAUGCUUUAUGCUAAUAAUAACCGCGAGAGAAGCGUCAGCAACCAGUACGAGAAUCCGGAGAACGUUAUGUGUGUCAAAUUUCCUCUCGGGAAUGUCACUAACGUAAAAAGGGAGGAAAAGGCACCUCCCGUACCGCCCCCUCGUGAUAUGCAUCGAAAAGUCGCAACUCCCAUAUCCAUGUAUUACGAAAAUAACCCCAUCAUAGCCGAUAGAAUAGCAAAUACUCAACAAACUGUUUUACACGGUGUACCUAACAACGAUUUUGAAAGAGUCAUGAGGCGGAGUCAGGAGAGAUCACUUAGUCACAGCUUCAACGGACUGCGCCGACCGAUAUCGAACUCUGAGGACCAUAUCGCAAUGCAAAAUAAUGAAUACAUACAAAACUACCAAAUGAAGAACGAACAACCUCGAAGGCCUGCUUCGGUAUCAGCAGAACCAAAUCAUUAUGGUCUGUACGCUAACUCACCGCCUUGGAGAAAGUCUGUUGGUCCCACAAAUAUUGUUAAACCAGAACCAGUCCAAUUAAGACAUGAUUAUUUGUACUACGCUGAUCAGAGCCCAAGAUCACGGAGACCCAUUAGUGUUAAAACUAGUCAAAACGGUUAUGAAAAUCAAUAUCUUAGUGAUUCUCAAACCUCCCAGAAUGUCGCUGAAAGUGUGUAUCGUCGACCACGUAACGCGUCUGAGUUCUGGAAAAAGAUUGACGAUGCCGAAAGACAAAGAAGGCAGCAAAGUGUUUACGCAAAUUCACGAAGCAGUAGCGACUUUUCAAACUCUACACAACUGAAUAGAGUAGCUCCGUAUUUAGAACAAAACAAACUGGGCCACGAAAACACAGACAUCCAAAAUAAAAACAAAAAUCCAUUUAAAACGUCUUCUGUUGACACAACAGACGGUGCCAAAGUCUGGAAGGCGACAACAGAGUACAAGCGUUCUGUUACAGUUGACCCACCAAAGACUGUGACAUCACCCACUUCAAAAACACACGUUAGACAUAAAUCCGACACCUAUGUUCCUAGUGUUUAUCAAAUGCCAUCAGACGACGAAAAGAGCUCAGAGAGGCGGAAAUCCACUAACCUUGACGAUGCUCUUAAUGAAUUAGAAGCUAUCUAUAAUAGCUUAGGUUUAGGAGACGAAGAUUUAUUAGAUAGAGCCGAACGUCGAGAGUUAAUGACUCCGAAGUUCAACGACCAUUUUAAUGACUGGAAUGGAAACGAUGACGAGAUUCAACUGCGAAGUCAGCCAACGACGCCUUUGAGACGUGUGCAAAGAAGGUCGACAUUACCUGACAAAUUGCAAGAUGAUAUGGCAUUUAGACGAAUGAACUCCUUGACGAAGGAUAAACCUAAUUAUAAAGAUGCACAAGCACAAAUAAGCUAUAUGUUGGCGUCUCCUGUCUACGUGCCCUAUGCGUCUGACGACGACAGGCAGUCCGAACGAAACGAGCCAGAUAUAGUUUAUGAUGACGUUGUAUACAGAAAUAUAAAACAGACUAAUAGUCGAUUAAAGACUUUAGAUCCUCAACCGCCUUUUGGCAUACCAAUAGGACCGGUCUCACCAGCUCCACAAAGUGAUUAUCUUCACGCAACUCCUGAAAAUAAGGGCCGAUCACGAUUCGUCCCAAGGAGAUCGCCAGAUUUAGUUUCUGAUGAUUUAGCUUAUAGAAGUCUAAGGAAAGACAAUAGGCAUUCCUCACAUUUCAAUGGUGAAGAUUACACCGGUCUUAUUAACAAUAAUCAUUCUUAUAAUGAGUAUUCUUACAAUAAAGACACUGCCGCUAAUCUUAAGAAGAAGAGAGCCGUUAGGUCUCUUUCCGCUAAUAUAUUUACGAUGAUACAAAAAGAAAUCGACGAUGCGUUGAACAUGAGCAAAAUGGCUACGUUACAGAAGACGCAUAGCAAUAGUGACGUCAUGAAACGGCUGCGUAACACAUUCGAAAGUAAUGACAACGAGCAGGAGCACUAUCCUCGUAACAAGGUAAAGCAAAGACACAACACUGUCAGUCUAUUUGUUAAUAACACCCAUGCACCCACCCAUCAUUUUGCAAAAGACGAUUCAUUCAUUCAUAGCGAUGAUAAGCAUCUUGCUAAGCCACCAUCAUGUGAUAAGUCCAAAAGCUCAUCACCAUCAAACAGAUCUCCCCAAGCAUCGAAACGUUCAUCAAAGGACGAGUUUCAACAGGUUCUAAGUAUGCUGGCCCAAGAAGCUAUGGACACAAGUAAUAAGUUAGGAGUAGCAUUAGCAGAACUAGAUAAAAAUAGGAACAGUAAUGAGAAGAAGUCAGACAUCCAGAGCCGAAUUUCUGACAGUCGGCAAACCUUUUUAAAUGGGUUAACAUGUAAAGCUUUGGAAGAGUCUGCACCUGAAGUAAAGCUUGUUAAUGUCCAUUCUGAAGUUGUUAGUGAAACAAAAGAUGACAAACCAGUGACGUCCACAAAUGAAAAUGAAACCAAUGAAGACUCCAAAGGUAAGAAAACCGAAGACAGUCUUUUAGCAAUAUCAGAUCAACUUCACAAAGUCGAAGAUCAACUCAAGCACAGUUUCGAAAAAGAACUAAACUUCGAAGACGAAAGCUUAAAACUAUCUAAUUACAUAACAAAAGCUGAAGAACAAUUGAAGGCUCAAGAAACAACGGUUGUGAUACCAGAGACUAAAUUGAUACCUGACGUUAUCCCAUUGACGAUAAAAGAGGACGCGAUAAAGAUAGAAACUGUUACCGAAAAACAAGAUGAAAUUGAAUUGAAACCACCAAUUAUAAAUUCACUAAACCCAUUUUUAAAUACUGACGAUAAAAUCAAAGAAAUUAAUGAAAUAAACGCUUUUAAGGAAUUGAAAGAUGGAAUAUCAGAUUUAAUCGCUGGUAUUUGUCAAGUUAAUGAGAAGUUAUUUACACAAAACAAAGGACCAACAUUGGAUAAUAGUAAUACUAAUCAAGAAAAGAUAUCUGGAAUAACAGAAGCCACUGAAAAGUUGAACCAAGUGUCAAAAAGUAUAUGUAGCCAAGAAGUUCCUAAUAGGGCUUCCGUUAAUCUUUCUAUAUACGAAGACGAUUUAGAAACCAAAAAGGAUACGGCUGCUGAUUCAACAGAAUAUAAUUCCUCCGAGGAACUGGCGACGAUAUUUCAAUUAGACAGUAACGCUAAAUCGCGGUCUGUCAGCGAAAGUCAGAAUGGAUCCGAAAAUAAAAUUCGUGACGAGUUAAGUUCGCCCAAAUUGGUUCAGACUAUGAAUCAGCAGCUGAGAAGGUUGUCUGUAGACCAGACGGAUGAUUGUGCUCCUAGUCAAAGCAACUCACUGCCGACGAACGUGGUUCCCUGGAGGGUUAAGAGGCAAACUAACAAUUCACAAAAAGAAAAUCGAGGCGAUAAUGCGCAGUCGAAGCGCGAUUGGCACGACUCUGGCACGUUGAUGUUAGCUUGUACCUACACCCUGAUGUUCUCCCAACACCUGGCAGACUUGGACUGGUUGACGCUGCUCGGUUUGCUGCUGGCAAUGAUCACAAUUAUCGCUAUGCUAAUUAUAUAACAUAACGUAGAAAUAACAAUGUGUUAAUUUGUAACAACGAAAUUCCUAAAGAGAUGUGUCAAUGUACCAACCAAUGCUUUAAACUAUUUUCGUUGAAGAUAGGUCAGUUGAGUCGUAAAGCUAAAAGAAUGCCAGUAUUCUGUGUUUCUCACUUGAGUUUUUUUAUACUAAAUCUAGCAGAUCAUGAUCAAUUAAAAAAACAUUUCAAUGAAUUAAAAUAUAUUACUCUCGACAAUUACUCUCUUCUCCUAAAUUGGUUGUCUCAUUGCUGCACCUCUGUAGGCACCUAUUUACACGCAUUUAAUGGCUUAAAAAUAAAUCACCAAUCAUUUAAAAUUUUAGCGUUGUAAUACUAGUUUUAUCAUUAUUUUGUAAAAAAAAUUGUAGGAAUAAUUGUAUCAUUAUCAUUUUCUAAAUCGUAAUUAUUUUUAGAAAGUUUAGCUGUGAUGUUAAUAAAAAUUACUUUUUACUUUUUACUAUAGUCCAAAUACCUACUCAUUGGACUGUGUCUUUAUUUUUAAAUGAUUUUAAAGUUCAUUUUAAUUUAUGUGUAAAUUAAUUUUACGUUAAAUCGUCCUUGUGUGCCAAAAUCAACGAAUCAAAUUAUUAAAACUUGAAAGUAUGAAAUCGCAUGUAUUUUUAUAAUAUUUUUGGUAGAUUUGCAUGUUCAAUGUGUAUUUUGUUUUGUCGUGCUUACAAAAUUAUGUUAAUCAGCGGUUUUACAAUCUUAUUUUUAAAUUAUAGUUUUAGUGUCGUAGUUAAUCACAAGAGACUAAUUAUUUUUAUUCAUUACAAGAAUGUAAAUGCUUUUCUAGUGUAUUUGGCCUCUACUUAAGUUAAAAUGUCUAUAAUAUUUUCGUAACUAUUAUUUCUUUUAUAGAAAGAAAAAGAACCUAGGUACCUAAUUGAGCAGUUAAUGUAAUAAUGGGUAUAAAGCCUAAGGCUACAGAUAAAAUAAACAAAACCAUGAUGCCUUUAAUUUGAAUGGAAUAUUUUUAUACUUUUGUAACCCAGUGACAUUUUGUAACUACCUAAAAUAUUUACAUGAAAAUUAUUAAUGUAGGAAAAAUCAAUAUUGUAAUUAAUACUAUGUACUACAACUAUAAAUAAAGCCUAAAUAACAUACAAGAAAUGUAAAUAAGUAAUUCAAGUCUCGAGAAUUGGCGCGAACAUAAAAAGUUAGGUUAUAUUUCUGUAUAAUCUAUGGCGUACGGUGCAGUAACAAAACAUUUGUUUUCUAGGUGACCAAUAAUUGCCUGCAGUGAUCCACAGGGCUGCGUUCAGCGUACUUCGAUAUUUUUAAGCUAUUUUUAAUUUUUAUCUAUUAUAAGCUACUUUCUGUAUUUUAUCCUGUACCUAGUUGUACGACGUUUAAACUUUACUAUGUUUAUGUAGAGGCUUCCAGAAACAUUUAAGAGAGCGUUAUUUAUAUUAAAAAAGAGUUAUAAUUUAAAUAAAAUGUUUCAGUUUUA